AAACGCAAAGGAGAUCUUAAAUGUUACCACCGCUUUUUAAUAAGCUUUUAAAAAAGAAAUUUUAUACAUAACAAAAUGUAAACAACAGACGGUCACGAUUUAGUCGUAAAUAAAAAUUUAUUAACAAAAGUCAUUCCCGUUAAAUGUUAAAAGAAUUAGUAAACAAUAGUAAAUUAAUUGGUAAAAAUUUACGGUAAUAGAAGCAAAUACGAAACUAAAAGAGGCAAACAUAUGGCAAAUGGCUAAGCAGAUUGUUAAACAAAUAAGUAAUUAAGUGUUGUAAUAAUACGGGCUAAAGGGGUUUUACGAGGUUUUGUUUAAUUAAAAAGAUUUCUGAUAAAGACUUGGUAUUGGAAAUCAGACAGAGCUUCGUGGUAUAAACGUCCGUUGUUCGUCAAAAAAAUUUCAAAAUGGCUCAAAUACGUUUUGACAAUCAUAAAUAUGCCCGCCUGAAUAAUCAAGAUGAUGCUUUAAAUCAACAACGCACAUUCUCCGAUAACGAUGAAGAUAAUGAAGAGAUUGAACUUGGCACCGAGCAGGCCCGUUUAAGAUACACGCCGGAUGGUGAAGAGGAUUUUCAGAAUAAAGACCGCGGCAGCAAUUUACCUGCAAAUGGUUAUUUGAAUAAGUCUUUGAAAGCGCCUACGGAUCGUGAUGUUGAUACUAUACCUCAAGCCAGCACAUUAAGUGGACGUUUAAAUAAUUCCCGUUUCAUGCAAAUGGCUAUCGGUUCAUUGGCCACCAUUCUGCUUUAUUUAACUUUAUCGAUAUGUUUAAUAUUCUAUCAGAAGGCAUUGAUAAAGGAGCUAAAAUUUCCUUUAAGCAUUGUUUGCUAUCAUUUAGUAACAAAACUUAUUUUAGCGACAUGUGUAAGAGCUAUUUAUCGCUGUCACAUGGAAAAGACUCGCGUUCAAUUGGAUUGGCAUACUUCUGUACGAAAAAUGGCACCAACCGGCAUAGCCAGCGGUAUAGAUAUUGGUUUCUCCAAUUGGGGCCUAGAAUUGGUACCAAUCUCUUUAUACACAAUGACCAAAUCAUCGACUAUUGUCUUUAUAUUAAUAUUUGCUAUAUUACUGGGUUUGGAGAAAAAGAACUGGUCUUUGGUAUUUAUUGUUAGUCUGAUUGCUGUCGGUUUAUUUAUGUUCACUUAUAAGUCUACACAAUUUGAUGCUCUGGGUUUCAUUUUUAUACUGGUAGCGUCUUUAAGCGGCGGUAUACGUUGGAGUUUGGCACAAUUCAUUAUGCAAAAAUCCAAAUUGGGUCUACACAAUCCAAUCGAUAUGAUUUAUCACAUGCAACCAUGGAUGAUAUUGUCGUUGCUGCCCUUUCUCAUAGCAUUCGAGGGUGAAAAACUUUUAGAGGUCUUCGCCAACCUAGGAGCAAAUACUGAAACGAAAAUUUCUGUUGAUUUAUUCAAGAUAAGUUUUGGUGCAGUUUUAGCUUUUUUUAUGGAGGUCAGCGAAUUUCUAGUGCUAUCAAAGACCUCUAGUUUGACGCUCUCUAUAGCUGGUAUAUUUAAGGAUAUCUUUCAAUUAGCUUUGGCUGUUGAAUUGAAUGGCGAUCAAUUGACUUUAAUAAAUGUUUUGGGCUUAAUUGUAUGCUUGGCCGGCAUUUGUUGUCAUUUACUGCAUAAAUAUUCCAUGUUAACUAAAAUUGAAGAUUUCCAAACGUAUGAUGAGACGAAUGAAAUGCACUUUAAUGAUAACUCAAUUAAUGCAUCUAAUGCUAAUGUCAAUGCAGCCGGUGUUAAUAACGAGUCAACUUCGUCUAGUUUUAGUUUUUUGAAUAAACAACAUUCCUCGCAAAUGGUACCGUUGCUGGAAGAGACAGACUCUGAGGAUGAUGGUACCGAUCAUAAUGGUCCUAAAGUGAAUUCGUCGGAUGUUAUAUUUGAUAUACUUAAACGUCGUGAUAUGCCGCGAUGAGUAAUAUGUAUAGGAUAGAAUAUGUAAUUGCAAAACCGAGUUAUAACUAUGUAUGUAUGCAGCUUAGUUAGUUACAUGUAAGACUCUAAUUUUGUGUAAAUGUUUGUAAAUUCUAUAUUUUUAUUAUAAUUAAUUUUUCUUUUUAUCUAUACAUACGUAUA